AAACACUUCCCGAGGCUCCAUGGGCUCCACCCUGACAUUCGCCGCCGGCCGGCCGCCGCCGCAUCUGCCUCCUGCCGUGACCUCGUCAUCUGGGUGCACGGAGCCUCCAUUGUGUCCAGUCACGUCGUGCCGCCGCACACAGUAUACCAGCUGAACGCCUGAACCGAAACCAACCAAACUCUUCAUCUCCGAGCCAUCUGCCCACACAUCCAUGAUCCGUCAUUAGUGAAGCAGAGCAGAGAAGCAUGAAGCCACGAGCUCCGCUCCCAUUUCUCCGCCGCACGAACGCAGCGACCUUCGCACCGACACAGUCCACGAAGUCGCUAUCCACGUUCGCCUGCUCUGCCCCGCCGGAUGACGGCGUCAAUCUCCGCGACGCUCCCGGCGCCCGCAAGGCGUUCGACGAAAUUUCCAGCCGGGACGCUGCGGCCGGCUCCGACCUUGCCCUCUUCGACUACGCCCGGCGGGGGCUGGUCCACCAGGCGCUGGACCACUUCGUCGAUGUGCACCGCCGCCGCGGUGGGCGCGUCGGAGCCGCCGCGCUGUCGUGCGUCCUCAAGGCCUGCGGUUCGGUGCCAGAUAGAGCUCUCGGGGAACAGCUGCACGGCCUGUGCGUCAGGUGCGGGCAUGAUCGGGGCGACGUCAGCGUAGGCACGUCGCUCGUCGACAUGUACAUGAAGUGCCGCGGCGUCAAGGACGGGAGGAAGGCGUUCGAGGGGAUGCCUGAGAGGAACGUCGUCACGUGGACGUCGUUGCUCACUGGGUACAUCCAAGCCGGAGCGCAUUCGGAUGUCAUGGCGCUCUUCUUCAAGAUGCGCGCCGAGGGGGUCUGGCCCAACCCGUUCACAUUCGCGGGCGUUCUCUCUGCGGUGGCCAGCCAGGGAACAGUUGAUCUUGGGCGGCGUGUGCAUGCUCAAUCAGUGAAGUUUGGAUGCCGCUCGACUGUGUUUGUCUGCAAUUCUCUGAUGAACAUGUAUGCAAAGUGUGGACUGGUUGAAGAAGCCAAGGCUGUGUUUUGUGGGAUGGAGACCAGGGACGUGGUGUCGUGGAACACAUUGAUGGCGGGCCUUUUGUUGAACAGACGCGAACUGGAAGCCCUCCAGCUGUUCCUUGAUUCACGACCCAGUAUCGCCAAGCUUAGACAGUCGACGUACUCAACAUUGAUGAAAUUAUGUGCACAUCUCAAACAGCUUGGCUUGGCACGGCAACUCCACGGCAGUAUUCUGAAACGUGGAUUUCAUUCAGAUGGCAAUGUAAUGACAGCCCUCAUGGAUGUCUACAGCAAAUGCGGUGAAUUGGAUAAUUCUUUAAACAUAUUCUUGUUGAUGCCAGGAUCUCAGAAUGUUGUGUCAUGGACUGCUAUGAUUAAUGGUUGCAUUAAGAACGAUGAUAUACCUCUUGCAGCUGCUCUUUUUAGCAAAAUGAGAGAAGAUGGCGUUGCUCCAAAUGAGUUCACCUACUCGACAAUGCUGAUAGCAUCAGUGGCCAGCUUGCCUCCCCAAAUCCAUGCCCAGGUGAUCAAGACAAAUUAUCAGUGUUUGCCAACUGUUGGAACUGCACUUCUGCACUCUUACUCGAAGCUUUGCAGCACUCAAGAAGCCCUUUCUAUAUUCGAAAUGAUCGACCAGAAGGAUGUUGUUGCGUGGUCUGCAAUGUUGACUUGCUAUGCCCAAGCUGGUGAUUGCGAUGGUGCCACAAAUGUAUUCAUCAAGAUGUCCAUGCAUGGCGUGAAGCCAAAUGAGUUCACAAUCUCUAGCGUCAUUGACGCUUGUGCUAGUCCUACAGCUGGUGUUGACCUGGGUAGGCAGUUCCAUGCUAUUUCAAUCAAACACAGAUGCCAGGAUGCAAUCUGUGUCAGCAGUGCACUUAUCAGCAUGUAUGCGAGGAAAGGGAGCAUUGAGAGUGCUCAGAGUGUCUUUGAGAGGCAAACGAAUAGAGAUUUGGUGUCAUGGAACUCAAUGAUGUCAGGGUAUGCACAGCAUGGUUAUAGCCAAAAGGCCCUUGAUAUAUUUCGGCAGAUGGAAGCUGAGGGCAUUGAGAUGGAUGGUGUCACAUUCCUUGCAGUGAUCAUUGGAUGCACUCAUGCUGGUCUUGUUGAAGAAGGCUGGCAAUACUUUAAUUCGAUGGUCAGAGACUAUGGGAUUACUCCAACCAUGGAGCAUUAUGCAUGCAUGGUGGAUCUCUAUAGCCGUGCAGGCAAGCUGGAUGAAACAAUGAGCCUUAUAAGAGACAUGCCAUUCCCAGCAGGUCCAAUGGUAUGGCGGACAUUGCUAGGUGCUUGUAGAGUUCACAAGAAUGUUGAGCUUGGAAAGUUGGCUGCAGAGAAGCUGCUAUCACUCGAGCCUCUUGACUCAGCUACAUACGUACUUCUCUCCAACAUUUAUUCGGCUGCCGGGAAGUGGAAAGAGAAGGAUGAAGUGAGGAAGCUCAUGGACACUAGAAAAGUGAAGAAAGAAGCUGGAUGCAGCUGGAUUCAGAUCAAGAACAAAGUUCAUUCCUUUAUAGCUUCAGACAAGUCACAUCCUUUAUCAGAACAGAUAUAUGCAAAGCUCAAGGCAAUGACAGCUAGGUUGAAGAAGGAAGGUUAUUGUCCUGACACAAGUUUUGUGCUUCAUGAAACGGCAGAAGAGCAGAAAGAAGCCAUGCUGGCUAUGCACAGUGAGCGGCUAGCCCUCGCCUUUGGCUUGAUUGCUACCCCACCAGGGACACCCCUUCAAAUUGUCAAAAACCUGCGGGUGUGUGGGGACUGCCACACAGUAAUGAAAAUGGUCUCUGCAAUUGAGGAUAGGAAGAUUAUAAUGCGAGAUUGCAGCAGAUUCCACCACUUCAGUUCAGGGAUCUGCUCCUGUGGUGAUUUCUGGUGAACAGAGUCAGAACAAAAUGGCUGUGGAUGCAAUACUCCAGCGAAUUGCCCUUUUGGACAUCACUGGUAAGUUGACUCUUGAGAAAUGGGUUGUCAGAUUGCUACAAGCCUAGAAAUGACAUCUUGAGGCUUGUAGAGGCACAGGGCAAGAAUACGGGUUUGUUGGAAUUGCUACUGCAUGUAGACAUGGUUCAACAGGUGAUUAGAGUUGCAAUCUCGUUCCUCAGGGACUGCAAGUUGCAACAAGCAUUCUACUUGAUCUCACUGAAACACCACCAGAGAUGGAGAUAUAAGCUUUCUUGCAACUUUUUUUGUUGUUAGAUCUGAAUGGGUACUCGAGUGACUCUGCAAUCUGCUGUACUUGAACAGGGAACAACAAUAUUUUGAGACU